UAAUAAUACUAAUAAUUUCGAAAUGAAACUUCCAUUGCCGCCUGAACCAAAACAGAGCUUCCAGAAAAAAAGUGAGGCGAAGACCGUUGCCGCCAUUUCAUAGCGGAAAACCUCCAUGGCUGUCGAUUCAGAGGUCGCUGCAACUGUUCAGGACUUUACACUCGCCGACACCGACAUCAACUGGGACAGGCAGGACAAGACGAGGUUUCACCUGAUCGGAGCUGUUCUCUUCACGGUUCAAUCAGCUCUUUUACAUCCAACGGCAGUCGUGAAAACCAGAAUGCAAGUCGCCGAUUCUGAAUUCUCUCAAUCAGGUUGGAUAUCGGUGCUUAAACAUGUGGUGAAAAACGACGGCGUUCCUGGCCUUUUCAGAGGAUUUGGAACUUCUGCAAUCGGUUCUUUGCCCGGAAGAGCUGUGGCUUUGACGUCACUGGAGGUUUCAAAAGAUUUAGUGGUGAAAUACAUAGAUAAUAUGAACAUUGCUGAACCGACUCGAGUAGGCAUUGCGAAUGGUGUCGCUGGCUUGUUGUCAAACUUAAUUUCUUGCGUGUAUUUUGUACCUCUGGAUGUGAUUUGCCAGAGAUUAAUGGCGCAAGGGCUCCCUGGUACAACCUUGUGCAGAGGACCAUUUGAUGUAAUGAGGAAGAUGAUUGAGGUCGAAGGAGUGCGAGGUUUGUAUAGAGGAUUUGGAUUAACAGCUGUGACUCAGUCCCCUGCUUCUGCUCUCUGGUGGGGUGCCUAUGCUGCUGCCCAACACCUCAUUUGGAGGAGUUUUGGGUAUGCAGAUGAAAUGGAGAAGAAGCCAUCUGAUAUGGAAAUGGUGAUGUUGCAGGCUACAGCAGGAAUGGUGGCUGGGGCCUGUUCAUCAAUCAUGACAACGCCUAUAGAUACUGUAAAAACACGUCUUCAGGUGAUGGAUGAUGGCGGGGGUGGAAGGCCUUCGGUGGUGAAGACGGCGAGGAUGCUUUUUCAGGAAGAUGGAUGGCGAGGGUUUUACAGAGGAUUUGGGCCAAGGUUCCUCAACAUGUCACUGUAUGGCACAACUAUGAUUGUCACCUAUGAACUAAUAAGUAUAUAUAUCUUCUCCCCUGAUCAUCUUAUCAUUACAAUUAGACUGAUGGAUAUUAAAAUUUGUGUACGAUUGGAACAGAAAAUUGAAGUUGAACUUCAAGCAAAGAUUUUCGAUGUGAGGCAAUACGGGGCUGUUCCUGAUGGAAGAACUGAUAAUAGCAAGGCAUUUAGUACUGCCUUUUCCCAAGCCUGUCAAUCCCAAGGUCAAAAUGUGAUUUUGGUCCCACAAGGAACAUAUCUGGGCGGUGGGACGUUUGAUGCGCAAGGACCAUCUGCCUGGCCCUACAACAAUUGCAGGCAGGAUUCAAAUUGCAAGCCUCUUCCUACCACGCUACAACUUGAUUUUGUCAAGAAAGUAUCGGUUCAUCAUGUAAAAUUUAUCAACAGUAAAGGUGUCCACGUGAAUAUUUUUAAAUCCCAAGGCGUAAAAAUUUAUCAAAUAACUAUUAAAGCACCAGGCGAUAGUCCUAAUACUGAUGGAAUCCAUAUGGGCAAUUCCAAAAACAUUAGGAUCAUCAAUUCAAAGAUUGGCACCGGCGAUGAUUGCAUCUCGUUGAGUGGUGGCUCUGGAAAUAUCAAUGUCACAGGUGUCCAGUGUGGCCCCGGUCACGGCAUUAGUAUCGGUAGUCUUGGAAAGUUGAGGAAUGAGGAAAAUGUGGCUGGGAUUUUGGUCCAAAAUUGCGUGUUUGAAGGUACCACUAAUGGUGUGAGGAUCAAAACAUGGGCACCUUCUAAUCCAUUACUUGUAUCUAAUCUUGUCUUCCGUGAUAUCAUCUUCAACAAUGUUUUCAACCCAGUCAUUAUUGAUCAACAAUAUUGUCCUUCUGGUCAUUGCCAAGACUGGGGUACUUCGCAAGUUAAAAUCCAAGGUGUAACAUACGAUAACCUAUCAGGGGUUUCGAGUUCAAAAGUUGCAGUAAAUCUUCAAUGCAGCCCAUCUAAACCCUGUGAAAACAUUGUGAUGAAGGACAUCAAUAUCCAGUACAAAGGAGCCGGUGGUCCUACUUCUCAAUGUUCUAAGGCUUAUGGUUUUGCUUCUGGCAAACAAUACCCUGCCUCUUGCUUGAGUCACUAA